AAUAGGACGUGGCGAAGCAACUCAGACAGCUACAGGACGAGCAGCUGACGUUAAAGCACAGGAUGAUCUACCUGCUUCCGGCAGCAGACACUAUGCCCAUCUUCACUCUGGAGUCUCAAGGGGCCAGUGUUUUAUUCCAGCUAUGCUCAAAAAAGUACCAGACACAAGAGGCAGGACAGAUAUUUUCUGUGAGCCCAAGGACUGUUAUUCAGCACGAAGCUACUGGGCCUUUGAAGGUGGGCGUGGACAUUUAGUCAUCGCCCUUUCCCACCCUGUCGCAAAAAAAAGGUGUCUUCAACUUUGUGAAGCUGCAAGUCAAGAGCAACUGGGGCCAUCCUGACUACUCGUGUCUGUACAUCUUCAGGGUCCAUGGGAAGCUAGCCAGCUGAAGUCUGAAAUAAAGGAGAAGAUAGAAGAUCAACAUCUGGGUGCAGAGCAGAGGAUAAGUAUAUAUAGAGAGGUGAGUAUGUGUGAAGGUGAAUGAGACUCCACACAUCUAAAAUAUUAACAAAUGCGUGCAUUUUUUAUGGGUGGGAAACCAGUGAGGUAUGAUGCACUCCUACCGGUUGGGUGGGACCUGUACAGAGGUGGUGAACCUCGGUACCAGUGAACCCUUUUCUCUGCCAGGUGAAAAUAAGCUGAAGGAGGCUCCAUGUGGAUCAGAGGAGAUACAUUGCUGUCUACACCGCAGUGUUGAUGCUGCCAUGGCGAGGCCCGUACGCCCUGCGUCUGAGAGCUUCCAGCCAGUCUGUUAUUCGGGCAGUCAGCCAGUCUCUUUCUCCAGUGAAGCUGUGAUUGCGGGACUGGAGGACGAGGAUGAUCGCACUCCCAUUUUCUCCCUCUCUAAGAGCUCCAUGGAUGUGGUCAUGGCAACAGGGCAGUUGCACAAGUGGGACCCAGUCUUGGUCAAAACAAACCUGAAACGCAGCUCCAGCACCAACACACACUCUGAGCAGAACUCGGUGAUGCUCCAGCAGCUGCAUCCUCACAUGUGGCAGCACAUCAACGCAAACAGCCACCAGUUGUCACUCACUGCUUCAAACAUGGACGCGCACAGCCCUCCUGCCCUCAGCGAGCGCUGGAUUACCAACAUGCAGCGCUGGAGCGGAUGUAGCGGCAGCACACGCAGCCGCAGCAGCACUCCAGAGACAGUUGUAUGGAAAGAUGGGACCUCACGUCCCUCUAGUCUAAGCCAGGAAACCACUUUCUCUACUGCACCGGACUCUCCCAUGUCCAAAACAACCACUCCACCAACCACACCCUCUCCCCUUGUCUCCCCCCUGCACACUCCAACUUUACCACCUGUAGAUCUUUUAACUUCUUCUUAUUCUUCUUCUUCACUACGAACACAGAAAGUCUUACUUGUGUCCUCGCCCACACGCUCUCCACUGCAGUCACCCCUGCCGACACCCCUGCAGGGUCUCUCCUCCUCACACUUGUCGUCCAAUUCCCCCGACCUCCACCAUCUCACCAGCACAGAGGAGGAGGUCUUCUUGCAGAAUAACUUGCUUUCUUUUACAUUCCCCUCCCCGAACCAGUCGUCUGUUAGCAUAGUGGGAGGUGGUGUGUCAUCAGAUCCUGGAUGCCUUGCUGAUGAUGAGGUGGAAGAGCUGCAGAGUCCUGGAGGCACACUGUUACCGGAGGCUGGAGAUGUGAUGACCCAUGUGCAAAUGUCUAACUACCUGACGCCUAAUUCUCUAGCAGAGGGACAAGAAUCAGGAAGAGGAGCCUCUGUUUGCCAUCUUGAGCUGCCACGGCAGCCAGGGCAAAGUUGUCUGACAGGCCGAGGUUGGAGGACACCCCUGGUUUCUUCCUUGAGUGAUUCUCAAUUGGGUGACUGCUGCAGGUGCAACUUCAACACCAGAGCAGGCAUCAAAAAGGUUGAGAUGUUCAGGGAGAGGGGUACAAUGACUUCACAGCUGGAACUAGUAGACGCAGCUGUACAGACAGUCUCUCCUGCCGGCUCCUUGUGGGGCCUCGGCAUCUCCACCUCAAACAUGGACUCCCACUCCGUCUUGGGCUCACCGCCUGGAUCAAGACUGAACCUUAAGUCUUCAUUGGGGUCAAACUCCAAUCUGGUGUCCCCGUCCUCCAGCAUGUUCCUGGCAAGCAGUGCGGGGGAGGAGGAGAGACAAGGAGACGACCCACCGUGGGACUCUGCCUCCUCCGAUCUGGAGAGGAGGAGGUCGUGUCUGAAGAUCCAAGGAGAGGAGAGGGUAAAGAUGGGGAGGAGAGGAAGCAUGAAGCAGGUGCAGUGGGACGAGGAUGGGAUGACAUGGGACGUUCAUGGAGCAUCUGUGGACCCGGAGGUGCUGACCUCAGCAAUACAGAAACAUCUGGAGCUCCAGAGCAGCCCCCGACCAGCUAAACGUAUCUCAAAGAAGAAGAAAGCACCAAAACCUCCUAUCAUAUCGAGCGUGAUAAAGGCCAUGGCACCAGAACUUAAUCCGCCUGAGAUGAUAAUCACGUCGACAUGUAUGGUGGAGGAUGAGAGUGAGGGGACACCAGAGGCAGACACAGGGAGGGAGGUGGAGGAAGAAGGAGGAGCCAAAAGGGAGGAGGAAACAGUAGAAGCUAUUUGUAGAAAAAGCAGAGCAGAGGGAGAUAAUGCAAAAGAAGAAGAGGAGGUAUACAGAGAGGAAGGCACCAGCCAUCCUAAGUCACCCUCGCAGGGGAGCGGACACUGCCGCAAGAAGAGUGUGAUCAGGUCGCUGAGGAGGCCUGGGUGGUGUGGUGGCUCAAGAAAGGCAGCUGACUGAUUCUGAAGACUAAUCUGAUGGAUUUGUAUUCAUUGUAUGAUUGAAUGAAGCACAGAGAGACACUGGGAACAGUUCUCACUUUCAUGUUGUUUUAUCCUGCUGGUGUCCUGACUUCCUUUUCAUUAUCUGACAUAAAAAGUGGAGAUGCAAUGUUAUAAAAUGUGUUCCUCCACUCAUUAGGAUCCACCAUUUAGCAAGAGUAUAAAUUCUACUGGUGAUGGAGGGCGACGUGAUGUUUUGGGUUGAUUCCUAUCACCAAGAAAAAUGUUGAUGUUUUCAAUAAUUACCAUACUCUGUGCAGCGAGUGCUUUGCUGACUUUACCGGUAAAUUAGUAAGGCAACUAACAAGUAAUACGUUUGUUAAUGUAAAUGUUCAAUAAAACGAUAUUUUGUCUUUGUA